AUGAAUAGCCGAGCAUGCGAAAUUGGUUCAGUACAAUUCCAAAAUGCUACGUGGCUGUUCGCUGCAUUAGCUGAUUUUCAGCAAGCAUAUGGCUUAAUCCAUCCAUAUAUCGCAGUUUUACUAUGUUUUACAGGUACUAUAUUAAAUGUUAUGACAAUUGCGGUCUUAACUCGUCCGUCAAUGCUUUCACCAGUAAAUGUUUUACUUUGUUCCGUAGCAAUAUGUGACGUGCUCGUGAUGACGUCGUAUUCAAUAUUUGUCACACAUUUUUUAAUCAGUGCUGCAAGUCGUUGCUUACAUACUGAUUAUAAUUAUCCAUGGACAGUAUUUACUUUAAUUCACGCUCACGUAUCUGUUGUAUUGCAUUCAACAAGUAUUUGGCUUACUGUACUGUUAGCUCAAAUUCGUGUCUUAACAAUUCGUCGUGGUGCAAGACAGCCAGCUACUAGCGUAACUAUACGCUUUACAGUAAUAUUAAGCGUAGCUACGUGUCUCGUCAUGACGUUGUUCAAUCUUCCAAAUUUCCUAACUUUUAAGGCUACUUACAAAAAUGUAAAAAUUAAAAACAUUGUAAUGUUAUUUUUUAAGAUUGUAAGGAUAUCACCAAAGUUAUUUCUUCCUUGUUUGCUCAGUGAAUCUGAUAAUUUUUCAUUGCCGUUACAAACAAUAUCGUUAUCAACAACACUAUCACCACCAUCAAUGGCAUCAUCGUCAUCAUCAACUUCAUUAUCAAUUGAUAACAGUCAUGAAGAUGAAUACUUUGAACAAAAUUUUGACUAUACUGAUGAAAAUGACCAAUAUCCAGUUUAUAUGCUUGUACCAUCACAAGGUGAUUGUCUCAAAUUAAAGCUAGCUUUUUGGUCAAAUGGAAUACUCUUUAAAGUGCUUCCUUGUUUAUUACUUACAGUAUCAAUUAUUGUAUUAUUAAAAGUAAUUUCUGACUUAUCACGUCAAAGGCGAACUCUUGCAAAGGUUAAUCUUAAUCAAUCAAUCAAACGAAUAAUUCUAAAAUACGUUUAUUUACCAAUGGGCGAUUUUAUGGAUCUUUUAUCGCUUAUCAAUUCAGCAGUUAACUUCUUAAUUUACUGUAUUAUGAAUAAGCGUUUUCGUGCGACUUUCUUGCAAUUAUUUUGUGGCUUUUGUUCGAUUCAAAGAGUUACAAAAGAGAUUUCAAAUUUAUGCAAAUUUCAGCUAAUGAUUCCAACAUCACAGCAUCGGCCAAGUGCUGCGUCAGUAAUUCUUAGCUUAUCAGCAGCUCGUGAAAAAUCCUUAAAGAAUGAUAAGAAAUUGUGUGAAAAUUUAACUUGCAUCAGUGAUAAUCAAUGCCAAAAAUUGCCUGUUGUGGUGGAAAACAACGGGUAAUU